AUGUACGAAGGUCGUCAAAUCCAGACCAUUAUAGUUCCCUGGUUCAAUGAUGAUAUUAAAAUUGAAAUGCGAGAAAAGAGAAAAGCCGAGCGAAAAUGGCGCCGUACUGACCACACUAAAGACAUGAAGAACUAUAAAAUUACGAAGAAUAAUACGAGCAAGCUAAUGAACGAAGCUUGUCGGCAAUUUUACAAGAACUUCAUUGAGGCAAAUAACUCUAAUCAACAUAAAUUAUUCGCAGCCGCGAAGAAAUUACUUAAUCAUGGUGACAAAAGAGUUUCAUUCCCUCCUUCUGUUGAUAAACUUCAAUUCGCUAACCAAAUGGGUACUUACUUCGUUGAAAAAAUUAAUAAUAUUGACACUAAUCUUGAAAAUAUGGGUCACGAUUUAUCCUAG